UUGAGAGUAUAGCAACCAUAAGCGUCAAGAUGGAGGACACACCGACAGGACUUACUGUUGUGACUAAUACCGAUGUAUUCUUCUUAAAUGGAAGGCCGUGUGAACUGUCUGCAUUUUCCCAUAUUCCAGCAAAUCAUAUGAAUAUCCCAAGGGAAAGAAAUUACUUUAAUUCAACUGGAAAGGAUCAUUAUCCUGGUUCAAGAUAUGACAGAUUGUUUCAUAAAGAUAAUGGAUACAACAAUAAGCUUCACAGAGAUGACAGAGAUCACACAAAAUCAAGAGGGCUAAGAGUAAAUGAUGAGGAGAUUCAAAAAGAAGUCCCAACAUUAUCUUCAUCGAUUUAUGGAAAAAAGUUGAAUCUUCACGUUGAUAAACCAGACAGAAAGCAUGUUCGCAUAGGGCAUGUAAAGUCGGAGUUUUACAGGAGAAAUGGCGUUCCUAUCUCAUCAUUAGAAGUAUAGGUAGUUUAUCAAUUACUGCAUAAUUUGGUUUUCUGUGAUGAACAAUUUUUGUUAUUGUAUUUUUUAUUGUUGAGACUUGACAGUGAUUUAAUGCACAAUUUUAGACCUACUUCACUUUCAAGCUAGACUUUAUCCUCAAAUGAAAAAAGUAUUUUUGUAAAUUGUACUACAAGGCCUUGCACUCUUUUCCCAAAUAGGCUAUAAUUAUACACUGAAUACUGUUAUAUUCAUGCUUAACUGAUUUUAUUUCAUUUGAAAUUGUAAACACAUGCUCAGAAUUCUUGUUACAAUUAUAAAAUGUGCUGGGCUAUAAUAUUAUUAGUAGCUUACUUUAAAGUAACUUUUUUAAAGUGUUUCAGGCAUCUACUUAUUGUAAAAUGUAGUCAUAUAAUUCUGAAUCAUAAGCUUAUGUUCUUGUUGGUUUAUUUUGCAAGUGCUCCUGUGUGUACUUAUUAAACUAUGAUAACUUUAAUGAGCACAUUUUCUACCGAUGAGAGGAAUUAAUUCAAUUAGAAGGGAUUUACCAUGGGCCUUUACAAAUAGCAUUUUUGUAAAAAAGGAAUUUUGAUAAAAUUAUAGGUUGAAUAAAAUUAUUAAUUGAGUGUGCUCAAUGGAAAGGUUACUCCUUGAUCUUACAAUUACAUCCCCAUUGUUAAUAAAAGUAUUAAAUGGUAAUAUUUUGUUGUAAAAUUAAAAUGUCCACAGUAAUUACU